GCGGGCCGGGACUCGCCGCUCGCACGCCCUUGGGCCGCGGCCGGGAGCCCGCUCUGCUUUCCGCUUCCGACGCACUGUCCAGGGAGCCGGUGGAUGUGCGGCAAUAACAUGUCUGCCCCAUUGCCCUCCGUCGUUCCUGCUGCCCGGAAGGCCACCGCCGCGGUUAUUUUCCUUCAUGGAUUGGGAGAUACUGGGCACGGAUGGGCAGAAGCUUUUGCAGGUAUCAGAAGUUCACAUAUCAAAUAUAUCUGCCCGCAUGCGCCAGUUAUGCCUGUUACAUUGAAUAUGAAAAUGGCUAUGCCUUCUUGGUUUGAUAUCAUUGGACUUUCACCAGAUGCUCAGGAGGAUGAACCUGGAAUUAAACAAGCGGCAGAAAAUGUAAAAGCUUUGAUAGAUCAAGAAGUGAAGAAUGGCAUUCCAUCUAACAGAAUUAUUUUGGGAGGAUUUUCUCAGGGAGGAGCCUUGUCUUUGUACACUGCUCUCACCACACAGCAGAAACUGGCAGGUGUCACUGCACUCAGUUGUUGGCUUCCACUCCGGGCUUCAUUCCCACAGAGUCCCAUCAGCGGCCCUAAUAGAGAGCUAUCUAUUCUUCAGUGCCAUGGAGAUUGUGAUCCUUUAGUUCCACUAAUGUUUGGUUCUCUUACUGUUGAAAAACUAAAGACUUUGGUAAAUCCAGCAAAUGUAACCUUCAAAAUCUAUGAAGGCAUGAUGCACUGUUCAUGUCAACAGGAAAUGAUGGAUGUCAAGCAAUUCAUUGAUAAACUCCUACCUCCGGUUGAUUGACAUCACUAAGAGGCCUUGUGUAGACGUACACCAGCAUCAUUGCAGUAGAGUCUAAACCUUUUCCCAUGCUCAACUUUAAAACUUUUAAUGUUUGCAGUGUUGAAAUGUUUUGCAGAUACACACCAAUGAUACAGACAAAAUAAUGGCUCCUCCGUGGGAAAUCUUUUAAGUUUCUAUACAUGUAUUUGUAUACGAUGAUCCAGACUACACUAGUAUUAAAAUAGGUGAAGCACCUAGCUUCUUUUUCUUAAAUGUAAUUGAGCAAAAUAAAAUACUACAACCAAA